UUGGAAGGUUUUCCUUUCAAGUCACUGACAGUGACGGCAUAUGAGGAGGUUAUGUUAUCUGUUGUCCAAUAAUAAAACUAGUUUUGUUUUAGUGCUACGAUCAGUUUGUUCAUAUUCUUUGAAACAGGUAGAGGUAUUGGAAAACAGAUAUCAAACCAUGGCUAGCAGGGAUCCCGCUUCUGACCAAUUAAUUCAAUAUAAGGAAAAAGCAAAGAAUGUAUUACCAGCAACUACUGCACAUGGUACGCCAAUCACAGAUAAGGAUGCAACUCUCACAGUUGGACGAAGAGGUCCAAUUCUUUUACACGAUGUUCCCUUAAUUGAGGAGCUUGCCCAUUUCGACAGAGAAAGAAUACCGGAACGUGUUGUCCACGCAAAAGGAGCCGGAGCAUUUGGGUAUUUUGAAGUAACACACGACAUCACAAAAUACACGAGAGCCAAGGUCUUCUCCCAAAUCGGGAAGAAAACUCCAAUAGCUGUACGGUUCUCGACUGUUGGAGGCGAGUCUGGAUCCGCGGACACUGUCAGGGACCCUAGAGGUUUCGCUGUUAAAUUUUACACAGAAGAUGGAAUCUGGGACUUGGUAGGAAAUAACACACCAAUUUUCUUUAUAAGAGAUCCCAUACUGUUCCCAAGUUUCAUCCAUACACAAAAGAGGAACCCUCAAACCCAUCUGAAAGAUGCUGAUAUGUUCUGGGAUUUUCUUACUUUAAGGCCUGAAAGUAUCCAUCAAACUAUGUUUUUGUUUUCUGACCGUGGUAUACCGGAUGGUUAUAGGCAUAUGAAUGGUUAUGGGUCUCAUGCUUUCAAACUGGUUAAUAGUAAUGGAGAAUAUUGUUUCUGUAAAUUCCAUUACAAAACAGAUCAAGGCAUAAAAAAUUUGAAUGUCCAAAGAGCCGGGGAACUGGCUGGUUCAGACCCUGAUUACAGUAUAAGGGAUUUGUACAAUGCCAUUGCUAGAGGAGAUAAUCCUUCCUGGACUUUCUACAUUCAAGUUAUGACUAACGAACAAGCUAUGAAGUGUCCGUUCAAUCCCUUUGAUUUAACCAAAGUUUGGUCGCAUUCUGAAUACCCACUUAUACCAGUUGGAAAAUUGGUUUUGAACAGAAAUCCAGAAAAUUACUUUGCUGAAGUUGAACAGGUAGCUUUCUCUCCAGCACAUAUGGUACCUGGUAUUGAACCCUCCCCAGAUAAAAUGUUAUUAGGUAGAAUAUUCUCUUAUGGUGAUACACAUAGACAUCGUCUUGGACCCAAUUACUUGCAGUUGCCUGUAAAUUGUCCUUUCCGCACUGCUAAUUACAUAAGGGAUGGUCCAUUUGUUAUUCAUAAUCAAGGUGCUGCCCCUAACUAUCAUCCAAACAGUUUUCUAGGACCAACUAAUGAUACCGAAAACAAAAUUCUGUCUUCAGAGUCUAUUAGUGGAGAUGUCAAACGUUUUGAUACUUGGGACGACGAUAAUUUUUCUCAAGCAAGUAUUUUCUAUCGCAAAACAUUAACAAAUGAAGAAAGAGAAAGAUUAUUGAAUAAUAUUGUUGGAAACCUGAAAGAUGCGUCAGAUUUCAUUCAACUGAGAGCAGUCAAAAAUUUCAGCCAGAUUGAUGUUUCAUUUGGUGAAAAAAUCGCUGAAGGCCUAAAAUUACAAAGGAAGACCGUAGCAGCUUUGUAAACAUGUAUGUUAAUGUUACUGUUGUGGAAUAGUAGGUGUUUAUUGAAAAUGUUUUAUACUGGACUAGGUUCUUAAUAAAUAAUUGAUAAGAUUUUA